AUGGAUCCCAAUACUUUAUUGCAGUGUUUUGCAGGUACUUUAAAUCAGGAUGCUGGAAUUAGACAUGCUGCAGAAGAGCAAUUGAAAGAAGCGAGCAAAGUUCAAGGGUUUUUAGGAGCUUCUUUGGAGAUUAUAGCCUCUAGCGAAGUUCCAGACAACAUUAAGUUAUCCGCCUCAUUAUACUUCAAGAAUAAGAUUACUUAUGGUUGGAGUUCUAAUAAUUACUCCGGUAAGAAUGAACUUCUAAUGUUUGAGGUUGAUAACGAUGAGAAACCAGUCAUCAUGGAUAUGCUGAUUCAAACAUUGAUUGCUUGUGCAAAACAGUCCAGCAACUGUGUAAGGAUAUUGAAGCCUGCUCUUACAGUUAUAAUAUCAGCAGAAUACCCUGCUAAGAAAUGGGAGUCGUUACUUCCAAAAUCUCUGGAACUAUUGUCAUCAGAUGAUAUUAACGUUACUCAUAUAGGCCUCAUCUGUCUUUCUGAACUCUUCAGAACUUAUAGAUGGAAAGAAAAUGACUCUAGGCAAGAUCUAGAAAUGUUGAUUUUACAAUACUUCCCAGAAUUGUUGAAAUAUGGUAAGGAUGUUUUAUUUAAUGAAGGCAAAAACAUGGAAAAUCCAAAAAUAGGUGAAAUGCUGAAACUUAUCCUAAAGACUUACAAGUUUGUUAUUUAUCAUGAUCUGCCGUUCGUUUUGCAACGUCCGGAAUCUUUUAUCCCUUGGGCUGAGUUUCUGGUUCAAAUUGUACAACAGCCUCUUCCUGAAUCCAUAAAAAAUAUGGAUCCUGACUUAAGAAGGACUAAUUCUUGGGUCAAAUGUAAGAAAUGGGCUUAUGCUAAUCUUUACAGGUUGUUUCAAAGAUAUGCAUCGACAUCCCUGACAAAGAAAUUCGAAUAUAAUGACUUCAAGAAAAUUUAUCAGGAAGACUUCUUACCUCAUUUCCUGCAAUUAUUAUUUCAACAAAUUGAGCAAUGGAAUAACAGGCAAACUUGGUUAAGUGAUGAAGCCCUGUACUAUAUUUUGAACUUUAUUGAACAAUGUGUAAUACAGAAGUCUACAUGGGAUCUGGUCGGUGGCUACUAUGAAAAUAUUUUGCAGCAUAUUAUCUAUCCAUUACUACGUCCCAAUGAGGAGACCCUUGAAAUAUUUGAAACUGAUCCUCAAGAAUAUAUACACCGGAAUAUGGAACUAUGGGAUGAAAACUAUACCCCAGAUUUAGCGGCAUUGUCAUUACUAACAUCCGCUGUGCACAAGAGAGGAAAAUCCACUAGAGGCAUUACUUUAGAGUUUGUUACUGGUAAUUUAAAUAGAAAUGUGGGAGAUUUUAAUAAUAUCACUCUUGAAAAUGCUGUCGAGGUUGAAUCGAGUUUGAGAAUUAUUUCUUCGAUAAUUGAUAUUUUGACCAGCAAAAACUCACCUUAUGCAGGUCAACUGGAACCUUUUUUAAAAAAUAUGGUUUUGCCUUUUUUUAAAUCUCCAUAUGGGUUUUUGAGAAGCAGAGUUUGUGAAAUUUGUUCAAAACUAGGUUAUAUUGAUCUACAGGACCCUGAACUUAACGCAAUUAUUUUUGAAGGUGUUAUGACUUGUUUCAAUGAGGAAAGAGACUGUGUCCCUGUUAAUUUAAUGGCAGCAUUAGCUCUACAGGCAUUCAUUCAAAAUCCUUUCUUCCAGGAACAUUUGUCGCAGUCCGUCGUUCCUACUAUGCAGAAACUACUGAUGCUUUCAAAUGAAUUCGAAAUGGACACCUUAUCCGGUGUCAUGCAAGAAUUUGUGGAGCAGUUCGCUGAACAAUUACAACCAUUUGGUGUUGAAUUGAUGAAAUCUCUCGUACAACAGUUUUUGAAACUUGCUAUUGAUCUCCACGAGGUUUCAAAUAUUGAUCCGAAUAGCUUUCUCAAGGCUGAUGAUGUGCCAGAUGAAACUGACAAACAAAUGGCUGCAAUUGGUGUGUUAUCAACAACUAUAUCUAUUUUAUUGUCUUUUGAGAAUUCGGUUGAUAUUGUUAAGAACUUGGAACAAUCUUUCUAUCCAGCAGCUGAAUUUAUUUUGAAUAAUGACAUGGAGGACUUCUACCAUGAAAUAUGUGAGUUUUUUGAGAAUUCGACAUUUUUGAUGAGAACUAUAAGUCCAAUAGCAUGGAAGGUACUGGAAUUGAUUGGCGAAUGUAACAGGCGUGAGGAGAGCACUGUGUCAGUCUAUCUAGAAGAUUUCAUGUUGGUUUUGAAUAACUUCCUAAUUUAUGGUAAGGAUGAAUUAAGAAAGAAUGAGUUUUACUGUAAAAUACUUUUUGAGGUGUAUGAAAAGGCAGCCAAUAGAGAAGAUGCUGAUCUAGAUGAGCUUCAAAUUAUUUUUGAGCUCUCUCAGAAGUUGACACUAUCCCUAGAACAAAAAUUACCAGACCCUAUAAGAGUUAAAUUUCUAAAUGAUGCAAUCAGUGCAAUCAUAAGUGAAAAGGAUUCACUAAAAAAGAGUAUUGUUUUUGGUGUGACUUCAUUUAAUGUCAUAAUUUCGAAUAUGAUUGUGACUCCAGUUAUUGUGUUAAAUGCUUUGGCCUCACAAAAUUGUAUAGAAUUGUUUUUUGAAGUUUGGGUGUCACACUAUAUUCCUAACUAUAUUAGAACAUACGACAUAAAACUAUCUGUUCUGGCACUGAUGAGCAUUCUUUGUUCUGUCUCCGAAGAGGAGAUUUUAAAAUUCAACUUAGGUAACUUACUUUUCCAAGUAUAUCCAUUAGUUCUAAAGAUGAUGGCAAGGUAUCCAGCUGCUCUAAAGUUGCUGGAGGAAAAGAGAAAAGAGUUUUCAUCUUUAGAUUUUAAUGAUAACGAGGCUUGGGAUGACCAUUUCGAUUUCAACGAAGGAGGUGAUGAGGACAAUAACGAAGCAAAUAUUGAAGACGUCAUUGAAAUGCUUCGUGGUGACCACAAUGACUUGAAAUUUGUUGAUGGUCUAGCUGAUGGGGAAGAUUUUGAUGAUUUAGAAGAAGACCCACUUGCUGGCUCAAUCCUAGAUGACAUUAAUAUUUAUGAAUUGGUGAAGAGCUCGACUUCAGGUUUAGAGCAGAGCAAUCCAGCUAAGUUCUCUACAAUCAUGAAUUCACUUUCAGAUGAGGACAAGAGCAUGCAUACACAGAUAAUGAACAUUUAA